AUGGCGGGUUUCUUCUCCCUUCUCACACGCCUCUACCUCACCGCCUACAACUUUACCCUCUUCGUUGGAUGGUUUCAGGUUCUAUUUAUUGUUCUGAAGACGCUGAAGGAAUCGGGCCAUGAAAACAUAUACAAUGCAGCUGAAAAACCUUUGUUUUUUUCCCAAACUGCGGCUGUGCUCGAGGUAUUUUGGCCUGGUGCGGUCUCCACUAACAGCAACCUUGCCACAGAUAGGUUCCAGGUUGUUCCUGGCGUGGGGUAUAUUAUGGAGUUUCCCCGAGACUCGGACUCAUGUGCUCGUUACCUCCCUAUUAAUCAGCUGGUCCAUCACUGA